GUAUGCCCUCGGGGGUAUGGGAGCAGACACGUCACCUCAGGCUUUUGUUAGAGUCUACGAAGCAGAGAAGGAUCAGUGGCAGGCAACCACCUCCAUGCCUACGCCUCGCUACGGAGCCACGCCCUUUGUAAUAGGAAACAGAAUCUACAUGAUGGGUGGUCGUCAGGGAAAGAUGCCAGUGACAGCACUGGAGGCUUUCGACCUGGAGAUGAAGAACUGGACUCGGUACCCCUGCAUUCCCAGCCGGAGGGCUUUCUCCUGCUGCGCUGCGAAUGAGCGAAGCCUGUUCAGCCUGGGUGGGCUCCAGCAGCCGGGACCUCAUAAUUUCUACUCCCGACCUCACUUUGUCAGCACCAUGGAGGAGUUUGAUCUGGAUCAAGGUGUUUGGAUCAAGCCCAGCCGAACAUCCAGGAUGAGGGAAAAAAGGGCAGAUUUUGUGGCAGGAUGUCUUGGAGGAAGAGUCAUCGUAGCUGGUGGUCUGGGUAAUGAGCCAUCACCGCUGGGCUCAGUGGAGAGCUACAAUCCAGUGAAGCGGCGCUGGGAAUACGUGGUUCCUAUGCCCACUGCGCGAUGCUCUUCUGCUCUGCUGCAGACAGCCAGCAUCCUCUUUGUGAUUGGAGGAGUUGCCCAGGGACCCAGUAAUGCUGUGGAAGCCCUCUGCUUACAGGAAACAGUGUGACGCAGGCACAAAAACCCAAGCACUGGCAUUAAUGCAAAUUGGCAUCUAUAUUUUCUUCAUGUCUAAGCAGAAACUCUAAAACACACACGAGUUGGAUUGCAUUCAGAUAUGUUCUCUCUUUGAUGCCCAACAAUCUAUUCGUCUUUUACACUGGGAUGUCAAAGAGUUCUUUCGGCAUUUAACAAUUUUAUGAGAUGAGGGUUUCGGAGCUGGACACUGAAGCAGGUUGCUGUGACUGGUAAAGACUGAGAACUGACAGCUUUUAUAUUCUGGGGAAAUCAAAGAGAGAAACAAAUGAGCCAAACAACAAACUGACACAGACCUGGUUUCUGAAGAAACAACACGGCUUUGAACUGUUGAGCAUUUUUCAGAAUAAAAGCAGGGUACUUUUCUGGAUACUAAAGGAACAUAGGGCCAUAUCUAAAACUCUUCUUAACAGCAGCGCUGUGCUCUGCUUCUGCAGCAACAGUUCACUCUGACUCUUUUCUAUAACCUUACUUGGUUGAGUUAUAAAUGGUGGCAUUCAGAGAACCUGGAUGUCUGGUUGUGGUUCUUUGUUCUGUUGUAAGUGUGUGAAGAACCUGCUAGCAGCUACAAGUGCGUCAACAGCAUUGGUCCUUUACAUGCCUUCACACCACAAGCAGGUCAAAGGCCUGCCUGUCAGAAAAACAUCCACUUUCUCCAACAGGAGCCCAUCUUGAGCACAAUCACCGUUUCUUUGACGGAGGACACAGAGAUUGUAGGUAAACUUGUCAGAAAAUGUGAGCUUUAACCACCACUCACACUGCAGUGCAGGGAUGAUUUUGCUCGUGGAGUGAAUGUAGAAUUACCUGCCGCACAGAAGCAUCCUGGGAAAUCAGCUUCCCGUCACAUGAUGGGCUUUUCCUCUUGAAUUAUAGCAGUUCACUUUAUGACAAAGGUCAGCCUGAUAUCAGCCAGAUGAUGGAUGUUCAUGUCUCAUCAUAACAGUUUUAAACGCAUCACAAAAAAAAAAUUACACCAUUAAUGCUUUCUUAGGAUUUAAGAGUAAAAGUAGCAAUCAGUUGCUGCCAAUCGAACGAACGUCAGCAGAUGUGUUCAACUCUAUAAAAGAGGGAGUGUUUGUUUGUUUUUUUCAUUGCAGAGCAUACGUGUGUGUGGUAACACAAUGUUAAGAAGGAAAGGCAUCGGCAAUUACCUCGGAAGAGUAAUUGUUGUGGCAGCAGAAGUAGAAUAACUGUUGAAUUGUACUGAUGAAAGUUAGCUGAAUGGUUUUUAAAUGCCACAGCAAUGAAGUAGGCAUGUGUCACAUGGUUUUGUUUAAUAUGGUUAAUGAAUGAAGUCAUGUGUUGCUGUAGUGCCUCUGCUGUUGUUCACCAUUAUUAUUUAGGAAGGGCUUGCACCUCACUUACUGGGAGGAUUGUUCUAGAAAGCACACAAAGAGCCAGUGAGCGCCAUUCUCCAUCACCAUUCAUAUUCAGUGUGCCAUUAAUCAAUAGUGAGUCUCUGCUGGUCCGGGGUGCAGCAAAAAAUUACAAUUCACAUUGUAAAGCUGAGCCAAUAUCAAGUGAAACAUGUCAAAAAUAUUCUUGUUUCCAUCACAGCUGGAGUCAGUUUAGCUCCUUUAGUGAAAUUUGCUUGAGUUUAUUGCUGCCUGGAGAAAGUUUCAUUGAAUUUCAUUCAAACAGUUUGAAAUAAUUUAAUAUGAGGCAUAAAAUGAGGUAAAAUGACUACACAUGAUUUAGAAGCAUUACAUGAGGAGAGAGCUGCCUCUGGCCGUCAUUAAAAGAGUUUUGUCUCCACAUUAAACAUACGCUCACCAUGUUCACUGUCUCGUCCAACUCCUAUGUUUUUCUUGCCCGUUUGGUGGUCAACCUCACUAACAGAGUCAGACAUCUAUUGCUGUUGGAGACCUCAGAUGAGAUACCAGCUGACAGUCGGUUAUUUCUGGUGCUGCACUCUGUCCUCCUAAGUGGAUAUGUUAGGUACAAGUGACACAGUCAUCACGUAUGCAUCCAUAAAACGUUUUUCACACUACUGUUCAUGCAGAAAGGAAGCCUAAAAGCAUCAUUUUUGAUUUAUUUCGUCAUAUACUCAAAUUUAUCUUCUAUUUGUUUCACAGAUUUAAUGAAACUCAGUUAAGAUUCAGGCACUGUUUUUAUUUUUCUUGAACUUCCUCAACUUCUGAUUCCUUGCUGAGGUUUACCCAAGGUAAAAACACAUCAUAGCACAUGUAUUUACAUUUAAAACCAGCAAGUUUAUGUUGAAAAUAAAAUAAAAGGUUCACUAUAUCAGAUGAAACACACACCUGCACAUCUCUCACAAUAGUCCAUUCAAUUUGAGUAGAAUUUCACCCUGUUGUGCCAAUACAUUAAUAAAUUAUUUGUGAAACAGGAGGGAUGUCUCACUAUCCCACUUCUAUAGAGCAGAUCUGACAUUGCUACUCCAAGGCUUCCAGACCCACCCUACCAUUUGCCUAAGAUUCCAAGAGAGGACACACAAAAAUAUGGAAAUGUCACCUUUUAAAUGUGCAUAUUUGUGCCUUGCACAUUAGAUUUACUUACAUGAACUAAGUCGCAAAUAACAAAAGUGGUAGGGAUUAAAAGAACAUGAUAUGGAAAGACUCAUUAUGUUUGCAUAACUUUAUUGAGCUGUGGGGGAUUUAAUUAAUGUUGCAUUGCAAUGCCACACUUUUCCUCUGAGAGCUUGUUACAUUAAAAUAAUCCUCAGCACAGAAAAAUAAUAAAUAAAGUAGCUACCUGGAGGCAGCUGAACUAGUUACAGGCAAAGCUCUGGUGUAUAUGGCGGCAGCUGCCUUCCUCUACAUCCAGCAGACAAGAUGCAACAUUACAGGUCAUUUGUAGUGAUGUUUCUGGCAACCUGUGUCUAGUCCUGGAGAAACUAUGACUCUUUAGUGACUAAACGUUCUGCAGCCUGUCCCUCUGAGUUGUUUGGUGCUGAUAUCAGGAAUAACCUCUGAGAUCUAUGUGCAGAGGAGUGCAGUCCUAGCAAGAGCUAAGAUAUUCCAAGCUCCUGAACCUCUGCUAGAGAACUUGAUUCUGAUGCGGAAUCCAAGUGGAAGAGGAGACUGGGUCUUUAAAUCUUUGCUAAUGUAAAUUAUAAUGCAACUUUUAAGGAGAACUGUUUAAGAUUUGAGGACAACCAACCUUUACUUUCUAAGCUUAAUGGUCAACCUAAGCACCCUCUCUUUUAAUUGAAAUGUAAAAAGGACAUUUUUAAGCUGGUGCUUUGAUUUUCAGAAUGGACACACACUCUGGUCAUCAAAGCAUGGGGUAACAGCCUGGGAUGGAUGCAAUAUGAUCAAAGUAAAUUCAAGGGGCUUAUUUUAAACCGAAGGAAUAAAUAAUGCACAGCUAGUAAAGGUGUGUAAAAUAAAUGUGUCUUUUACACUUAACAGAUUUACAUUUUUUGAAACAGCCAAGCUUUAAUUUAGAAUACAUUUAUUCAAAGAGGGAAAAAAUCUCACAAAACAUUUGUUUUUACACAAUCACCUUUGCUAUAUUCAUUGGCACCUAUUCUGUUUAAAGUUUUUCAAUACCUUUGCGAACUGGACAGCACUAUUCUUUUCUCGUUUAUUCGUGGUCUUUGAGGUUCUGUUCAUUUUAGAUGUUUCCCUGCAUUAACACACCCAGAUCACAUGAACCGGCCAUUAUUAUGCUCCUAAAAAACUGGUUAAAGGCUGAGGGGAUGAGUCAGCUCUUCGGUUCAGAUGUGUUGGAGUAUGGACAUGUCUAAAACAGGGAGGGCGUAAAACUGGAAUUUAUGAAUUGCUAAUUACUAAUCAUCUUAGAAACACUUUACUGCCAUCUGGCGGUCAGGGUGUGAAGAACAUCCAGUUGGGCUUUUACAGUAUUAAGCUGUACUUAAAAUACUGUGAAGCAGAAUGGAUUAUUUAGUAGUCUAAUUUUACAACAUUGUUUAUCAAUAGCAGCAUCAACAAAAUAAUUUACACACCGGAGACAUUUGUUUGAUCAGUAUUAUUCUUAAUGUCAAAAAUUUGCAUCAUACGAAGAUUUAUAUCUAUUGGAUUUACUAUUUUCAAAUCAACAAUUUACUCUACCCAAUUUAGCAGCUGCUUGACAGCAUUUAUUUCUUUAUAUUUUAUAUAAUUGUAAAUGAAUUCAGGCAUUAAAAGGUUAAAAGACACACCAAUCAACUUAAAAAAGCAAAGUAUAUAUAAAAAAACUAAUCAGUUACAAUUAUUUUUAUUUUUAGGAAUUGUUAAGGAUGGGACUAAUGAUUGCUUUUAAUAAAAAAAAAAACUGCAGUGCGAGUUUAUGAAGCUGCAUUUAGACACUCAUUCUGUAUAAUAAAUGCAACGACUAAAUUCUUUAUGCACUGAAUAUUCCAUUAGAUUGGGAGAUGUUUAACCAGCCAAUGUUGUGUCUGCUCUCCUUGAGGAGAGGUAAUAAAAACAGAACCUCCAGGAUGUAUUCGAGCUCAAAUGUAGUUAAAAGCAGCUGAUUUUCUGUGCAUUAUCACCGCACACAGGCUUUAAAAUAGAAAACAUUAAAAUGUGCAGCUUUGGCUCACUCACACUGUGUCUAAGACUACUUACAUUUAAAAUGUAUGUGCAUCUGUGUCAUUGUGUCACCUCAUAGAUAUAUAACUGUUGUUAUGCUUCUGCGUUGGCGUAUGAAUGCAAAUCUACAGACACCACGAGCUGUCUGGUGGAUGCACAGAGCCUCCUUUGCAGGGAUUCUGUCUCUCCAGCUUUCUCUUUUUUUACACGUACCUUGCAGUCUGGGUGAAGUUCUGGACCUUUGCCAGAGCCAGCUUUCUCAUGUUGUUGGCGUACAUCUUUUAAAAAACCUUUUCUCUCUGCCUCUCUUACCCCAUCAGGAUGAGCAUGCUGCACUGAAAUUAUGUCUUAUAAAUCUAAAAUUUGUUUCCAGUUGAAGACAUGCCUCUCAGGUCUGCCUCAACGGCUCCUCAUGUGAAGCAUGUGUCAGGCUGUUUGCUCAUCGGGAUGAAAUCUCUCUUCUGACGGCAGGCUGAAAUGGAGAACAAAAGAGCAGGAUGCUUCAGUGCAGGUAGCAGCUAAUUACAUGCUGCACUGUUUUAGAGGGCCAUAGGGCGAAUGACGCACAAGCUAAUGGGAAUUUUAAAAGCCAAAUCAGAGUCUUGUAUGGGUGCACCAGCUUACAACCACCAGAGAAUUAAAAUGAUGAAAUGUUUUUAUUUGGAGUUUGAGAAAUCUGCAGAACCUGAACACAUGCCCUACAUUUAUUGCAUAGGUUUUUAAUACUCUACAGAACAAAGCACUAUUGACUAACUACACCCUCAUAUUACUCAUCUUAGGCCAUGAUGAGACUUUCAUUGCUCCCAGAAAAGUUGCCUUGUGUAUCAUUACCUCUCAGAUCUGCAGAUACAUCACACCCGAUCUUGUCCAAGAUGCAUUCACAGACCUGUUUUUGAUGUGGGCAUGUUUUGUGCCUUGGUUUACAACGAUAAGGCCCAAAGACUCAGGUUCUGACAUAACAAUUCUCAAAUAGGGGGAAGAUUUAAAUUUUCUUUGUUUUAUAAUUGCAGGGUGGGCAGGUUUAUGUCCGUUUCCUGGGUGACGGGGAAGAAUUCAUACCCGGUGGUAGCAUAAAUAUGUUUCUCUUAUAUUAGCAUUAGCAUAUCGUCUCCAUGUGUUCCUGUUUUUUUGUGUCUGUUUUUAAAGUAAAAAAAUUCUUUGUGAUACAUACUGAACUUGUGAUCUGAAUAAGUCACCUUACUGUUUAUUUCCUAUUUGUUCAUGUUCAUGCUCGUUCUGUUGCCCUCCAGGUGUUUGUGUUGUGGAUUGAGGUUGUGAGGUGACUGACGUGUCGUGUUGUUGCCCAGAUCUGGGCUGGGUUCCUCCCAAAGUGUUUGUUACUGGUGGUGUCUUCUGAAAAUGCUUUUGUACAAACAGCUGAAUCUAUUUUUUAAAGAUGGAUAAAAACAUGUCUAAACAUGUUUAAUUGUAAACUUUUAGAGAUAAUAAACUGUGGAACUAAGUAGAAA